CAUUUAAAACAUUCAUUUUCGGCAUGCCAUGAUCUGGCGUUUGUUUUGUCACUGGUUCUAAAGUUUUAAUAUUACUUCCAAAAUGUAUUACGAAAAAUUAUUAUUCAUGAAGUUCCUUUUCAUCUCCGUUUUCUAUACUUCUGUAUUCGCAGAAUGGAACACAAGAGAUUAUAUAAUGAGGCAGCAUUCUCUUACAAAACCUUACCAAGGGAGCGGUAUGUCGGUACCACAUUGGGACUUUUUAGGUAGCACUAUCGUUACUUCGAAUUAUGUCCGAUUGACACCCGACAUGCAAUCAAAAUCUGGUGCUAUUUGGAACACAUCGCCAUGUCAAACAAGGAACUGGGAACUACAAGUACAGUUCAAAGUCCACGGUCGAGGGAAGGAUCUCUUUGGAGAUGGGUUUGCGCUGUGGUACGUCAGAGAUCGUAUGCAGACAGGCCCGGUGUUUGGUAGCAAGGAUUACUUCCAUGGUCUUGCUAUUGUACUUGACACAUACAGUAAUCAUAAUGGUGCACAUAAUCAUCAACAUCCAUACAUAUCAGCUAUGAUCAACAAUGGCAGCCUUCAUUACGACCACGACCGUGAUGGUACACACACACAGCUCGCCGGCUGCGAGGCCAAGUUCAGAAACUUUAACCACGACACACACAUCUCUAUUACAUACAGAGAUGAUACAUUGAUUGUGAGCACGGACUUAGAAGGUAAGAAUGCAUGGAAAGAGUGCUUCAAAGUGGAAAACAUUCUUCUACCUACGGGAUAUUACUUUGGUGCGUCUGCAACUACAGGUGAUCUGAGCGACAACCAUGAUAUCAUAUCUAUCAAGAUGUACGAAUUAGAUCUAUUGGAAUCGCAAAACAAAGAUGAGGACAGAUCGAAAAUAAUCCCAUCGGCGGCGUCUUUCGAAGCACCGAGAGAGAGAGUGGACGAUACAAAACCCGCCAUGUCUGGUGUUAAAUCUUUCUUAUACAUGAUGUUUGUAGCGAUUGUCAUUAUGGUUGUAUUGGUCUUAGGCAUUAUGUGGUACCAGAAAAGACAGGAACAAUCUAGAAAAAGGCUCUAUUGAUAUCUAUUGCGCUGAUGUCAAAUUCAUUCGAAAACAGACUAUAGACAAAAAAAAACUCCCGGUUUUUUUUAAUUUCUUAACGAAAUUAUUUACUAUAAAAUUUUAUAUAAUGGCAACAUUCAGCAUAAUAGUUUACG